CACGCAUUGGUAAACAUUUGAUUUCAUCUGGAGCCUAAUACACGUCCUCCCACCCCAGCACGUGAUCAUGGACCGGAAGUACAUCCCCACCGAGCACCUGACCCAGCACAGCGCCAUAGACGGGCACACCAUCACCAGCAACCAGGCCCAGCUACUGGAGCAGAGCCUGAGGGAGAGGGCUGGGAGGGAGGCGACACUCACCCAGUUCCCCAGCCUUGACAUCCAGCACAGAUUUGUCGGUAUCUGCGCGAACAAAGGUAACCUGGUGUUCACGGACACACCUGUGGAGGCGCCAGACUACAACAUGAGCAGGAGCACCUGCAGCUUUACAUACCAGCGUCCCAUGCAGCACCCCAUGUACAAGACUAGCAACGGUCAGUACGGCAGGAAACCCUGGCUGUCCAACACACCCAUCGUCUUCUUCCCACGUGACCAGGAGUUCUCCACCCGGCAGGCGGUGGGCGGGGUCUACGAGGACACCCACCUGACCACAGAGAUGGACAAGAAGAUCAUUGAUGACGUCACCCACAAGUCGCAGUAGCUAUGACGUCAGAGGGAAAAACGGGUGUGAGGGUGGUAGAUUAUAUACAAUGUUUUUAUACAUUUGAGUUUUAUAUUAUAUUAUUUGAUAAAAGAUAAUUUAGCUGAUGUUUUCAGUGAAUUUG